AUGUCUCUGGGAGCUGGCAUGCAUAACAGUCACAUAGCUCAUCACGUGGAUGUGGCUGCACGGGACAUUGCCAGAGAACUCCGGGCCAUGGAGCAGCAGAUGGACCAGAACUUCGACAUGGAUGAUAUCUUGAAGCCUGCGCAGGAUUUUUUCUGGCAGCGCUUCCGAGGAGACGCUCCUCCGGUGGGCACAUCACGUCACGAGCACACAGAGUCCAUGUCGGAAGAGACAGUUGUGAAAAACGGCCGCGCUGUCCACCGCACGCGCCGCUGCCAGAAUGGGAAGUGUCAGACGACGUUGGAAGAAGGAGAUGUCGGAUCCAAGUCAGGAACCUAG